AUGCCCUUCAAUGGUGAGAAGCAGUGUGCGGGUGAGGACCAGCCAAGCGAUUCAGACUCUUCCAGGUUUUCCGAAAGCAUGUCUUCACUCAGUGACUACGAAUGCUCCAGGGAGAGCUUUACCAGCGACUCUUCCAGCAAGUCCAGUUCUCCUGCUUCAACGAGCCCUCCCAGGACUGUGACCUUUGACGAAGUGAUGGCUGCAGCAAGGAAUUUAUCAAACAUGACUCUUGCUCACGAAAUUGCUAUAAAUGAGAACUUCCAGUUGAAACAUGAUGCCCUACCUGAGAACAGCUUGGCCAGUCGAGUGAAGCACAUUGUUCAUCAGGCCUUCUGGGAUGUCUUGGAAUCCGAACUAAGUUCAGAGCCUCCCGAGUAUGAACAUGCCAUCAAACUGUUUGAAGAAAUCAGAGAGAUUCUUCUCUCUUUCCUGACUCCUGGAGGCAACCGGCUUCGCAAUCAGAUCUGUGAAGUGUUGGACACAGACCUCAUCAGACAGCAGGCUGAGCACAGUGCUGUGGACAUCCAAGGCCUGGCCAACUACGUCAUCAGCACGAUGGGAAAACUGUGUGCCCCUGUGCGGGAUGACGAUAUCCGAGAGUUGAAAGCUACCAGCAACAUUGUGGAGGUGCUGAGACAAAUAUUUCAUGUCUUGGACCUCAUGAGAAUGGACAUGGUCAAUUUUACAAUUAGAAGUCUUAGACCCCAUCUUCAACGCCAGCUGGUGGAUUAUGAGAGGACCAAAUUCCAGGACAUUUUAGAAGAAACUCCAAAUGCUCUUGAUCAAACUACUGAGUGGAUCAAAAAAUCUGUCAAUGAAGAAUUACUUUGUCUCUCUGAGGCUGCUUUAACUCCCGGGGCUGAAGGUAGCUCUAAACCAAGCCUGAGCCCUACCUCGGUGCUAAAUAACAGUUACUUGAAACUGUUACAGUGGGACUACCAGAAAAAAGAAUUACCAGAGACACUCAUGACAGAUGGAGCACGUCUUCAGGAACUGACAGAAAAGCUGAAUCAAUUGAAAAUUAUUGCCUGCUUGUCCUUAAUUACCAACAACAUGGUGGGGGCUGUCACAGAAGGUCUACCUGAGUUUGCAAACAGAUUCAAAAGGAUUUCAGCUGUUCUGCUCGAAGGCAUGAACAAACAAACAUUUAACUUGAAGGAAGCCCUGAAUUCUAUCGGUGUUCAGACCUGUAUUGAAGUUAACAAGAGCCUGGAAGAGAGAGCUUUAUCCACUUUAAAUGCUGAGGUUCAAGCUAAUCUUGUAGGUCAAUUUUCAAGUAUCGCAGAGAAAGACAAUCCUAUCUGGUCCUUGAUUGAUAAACGAAUCCAGCUGUACCUGAAAAGCCUCCUUUGUCUCCCAAGCCCUCCAAAAUGCAGGCCUCCCAUCCCGGGAGGCCUGGCUGUCAUUCAACAGGAGCUGGACAUGCUGGGCUCACAGUUUGCAAACAUUGUGAAUCUCAACAAGCAAGUGUAUGGACCUUUCUAUGCAAACAUACUGCGGAAGCUGCUCUUCAGUGAAGAAGCGGUGGGGAAGGCAGAAGCCUCCUCUCCUACUAACUAA